CCUUCUUUUGCGCGAGCGCGCGGUACUGAUGCAGAGCGGAGCCUGAACGCCCGAAGAGUCAGACUGGCAGUGCUUUUCCUAUAGCAUUCGAGGUAUUUGAAACCCUCAAGUUUAAUAGUGCAAUGGCGUCCUCUGGAGAUAUCCAUGUUAAGGAGUUGGACAAGCGUGCUUCUGGACAAGCAUUUGAGGUCAUUCUGAGCCCCUCAGCACCAGAUGCCAAGGGAGAUUUUCCUCUAUCCACCCCAAAAAAGAAGGAGGUGUCGUUGGAUGAGAUCCAGAAGAAACUGGAUGCAGCAGAGGAGAGACGUAAGAAUCAUGAGGCAGAGGUCCUGAAGCACUUGGCUGAAAAGCGAGAACAUGAGAAGGAGGUUCUCCAGAAAGCAAUGGAGGAGAACAACAACUUCAGCAAGAUGGCAGAAGAAAAACUCAACCAGAAAAUGGAAGCAAACAAAGAAAACCGUACAAAACAGAUGGCAGCAAUGAAUGAGAAAUUUAAGGAGAAGGACAAGAAAAUUGAAGAAGUCCGAAAGAACAAAGAAACAAAAGAUGGGGGCGAGGCUGAAGAGAACUGAGGGUUUUUUUUCUUUCUUCUUUUGUGCUACUUGGUUUUAGGGUUGAUAUUUUUUUUCUUUUACUUAUCCAAAGAUUUAUUUUUGCUCCAUUAUAUGGCCAGUAUUAUGUGUUUGUUUUGACACGUUUUAGCUAAAGGUUAGGGGAGAAGCAGGUGCAUAAUUAUCUUUUUAUCUUCCUGUGCUCAGACCUACUUUAUAUUUCCAUCACCUGUAGAGUUGUCUAUUUGCAGCUUUUGGCCUGUUAAAUAAGCAGUCUUUUAUCCUAUUGGGAAGCAUGCCUGUGUUACACAUAGGUCUCUGGCUUUGUUUAUUGCAUUGUGCAAGUUGACCUGUACCUGUGUAUGUCAGAACUGCAGUUCUUUGAGCUUAAUAAAGGUGCACAGUUGCUUGUUAUGUUUUAGCAUUUAACAGUUUUAGAUAUGCCCUUUUUUAAGAUGUUCAUUUAUGAACAGAUAAUAUCUGCUUGUCUGUGUAACUCUCUUUCCAUCUGGUUAACAAGCACAUUCCUGCAUUUACCUUGUCAUUGGUAAACUUGUUAAUAUUUGUCGAGAAACACAGACCCAUACUAAAAUCAAACUGCACUGACAACAUGGUCUGUAUUUGAUAGUCAUAAAGUCACAGUUUCUAUAUUGGAUGUAUUUUAUCUCUAAAGAGGGGAACCAAAAAACAGCAUUCACUUAUACAUGUGUGAACAUUUCCAGUAAUUUUGGGCAGUAAGAUCUAGUCUGUUUUGUAUGUGUUACUGAAAGAGUAAAGAACAAAGUGAAUAGUCACCAGAGGAACUGUACAUCUAAAAGGCUGUCAUUUUAUUUGCAUGUUGCAGUGUUUUUCCUCAUCUAUUUAUCUGGUAAAGUACAUUAGCUAGAACAUUCUCCAGUAAUUCAGCCUGUAGAGAUAGCUUUCCUACUCAAGGGUGUGGAGAACGGUGGCCUGCUGUCGGAUGCCAUUACUAAAUGAUUCAGACAAUAUGACCUGUAUUUGAUAUUCAUAAACACACUUUCUAUAUUGGAUGUAUUUUAUCUCUAAAGAGGGGAACCAAAAAAUAGCAUUCACUUAAACGUGUGAACAUUUCCAGUAAUGUUAGGCAGUAAGGUCUAGUCUGUUUUGUAUGUGUUGACACCUAGUGGCCCAUUUGAAGGCAUGGCACUUUUUCAUUCUUGAAUGUUUUUUUCUAAGAGGUUGCCAGGGAAGACGUGAUCUGCAACUGAAAUAUCAACUGAAUGAGGGUUUUUGAUCAGCUUAUUAUACCCAUGCAAUGCAAAUCUGAGCUCAAUUGACUCUCUUGAAUAAAAUAGUUGUGUUUCCAAAUAUGUUGUUUCCACAAUGUAAAUACACUUUUGUUUUUAAAUACCAUGCACUGAGAUUUUUUUUUUUAAACAUUUGUUUUUAUAAACUGCCCCCAAAUCCCAAAUCCAAAUUCCAACACAGUUAAUAUUUACCUUGAAUCUCCUGUUAUGACCACAUAAACAGUAAACUUAUUAAGGUUUUACAUUACAACUUAGGCCUUUUUGUCUAAGUAGGACAAUUUUUCAAUUUAGUAACGUAAAAUGACUUACUCCUUUUGCAAUUUCAUGUACUCCUUUCUAGCACCGUCCAUUUUCAGCAUGAAGAAUUAAAAAUGAUUUUGUCUGUG